AUGACAUUCACUGGACUUACUGUAAAGGGGAGCUCUGUAGGCUGGAAUCAAACUCAUCAUUGCAAGCUACUAGAUUGGUUGGCACCUGAUCAAUCCCAACUUUGCCGGAGAAACCUCGAGCUGAUGCACAGUAUUGUCCAAGCCGCGAAGUUGACCAAAAAUACCUGUCAGAACACCUUCAAUGACAUGCGAUGGAACUGUUCAUCUGUUGAAAAGGCUCCUCGUUUUACACCAGAUUUGGCAAAAGGCACCAGGGAGUCCGCAUUUGUGUUUUCGCUAGCGGCUGCUUUAGUGAGUCAUUCCAUUGCCAGAGCCUGCUCGUCUGGAGAGCUCCCCAGUUGCUCGUGCGCCCCAGCCCCUGCUGAACAGGCCGGGCCCGACUUCAUAUGGGGAGGAUGCGGUGAUAACCUGCGCUACGGUCUCCAAAUGGGAUCUGCCUUUUCUGAUGCACCGAUGAGAAACAGCAGAUCUGGCUCUCAGGCGUUCAGACUCAUGCACUUGCACAAUAAUGCAGUUGGAAGACAGGCACUUAUUGAUGCUCAAGAGACAAAAUGCAAAUGCCACGGGGUGUCCGGGUCCUGCUCUGUCAAAACAUGUUGGAAGGGCCUCCAUGAUAUUAACCACAUUGCCAUGGACCUCAAAACCAAGUACCUGUCUGCCACGAAGGUGAUCCAUCGUCAUGUUGGGACAAGGAAGCAGUUGGUCCCCAGAGAGUUGAACGUUCGACCAGUGAGAGAGAGUGAGUUGGUCUACCUGGUCAGCUCUCCAGAUUACUGCACACACAAUGAGAAGCAUGGCUCACUCGGCACACAGGACAGACAAUGCAAUAAGACAUCCAAUGACAGUGGGAGUUGCAAUCUCAUGUGCUGUGGUCGUGGCUACAAUGCCUACACUGAGAGGAUUGUGGAGAGAUGCCAGUGCAAGUACCACUGGUGCUGCUAUGUCACCUGCAAGAGGUGCGAAAGGACAGUGGAGAGAUAUAUAUGCAAAUGAACUUUCCCAGAGACAUGUGAGUGAACAUGAAGCACUAUUUUCACCACCAUCAUCUUGUCGAGUCGUGCAGACCCAGCAGUCACCUGACCUGACUCCUGUGUGCUUCUGUGCUACUACAUAGCCUACAGGCUAAGUGCAAUAAAAAACAAGAGGAGCAACUCACAGACACUACCAAAGAUAAGCAGAUGAUCUGGACUCCGUUAGCUGUUGUAAAGAGACUGGAGGGCACUACUGUGAAGAAGAUUGUGUUACUUGAAGAGCAAAUGUGAUUGAUUGGGAGCUGUAGGCUAUUUGAGUUUGAUUAGUAAAAUGUUCCGCAAUAGGACAAGUUGAAUAGAUGACAAAGUAACUGAAUCACAACAAAGACUUCCCAGAAGCUUCCCCAAAGGCGAAUUGGCCAGUCAGCUUUAAGAUUUCCAACUGAUAAUGAAAAGCUUUUAACAAUUUUACAUCUUACACGUUAACGAAAUUGCAAAUAAGAGGCAGAAUAGCUGAUUGAUCUUAUGUCCAUUUUAGUCACACAGGGUUAAUGCCAUACUACUCAGUUUAGGGAUAUUCUGAUCAUAGGUAUGCAGCACACAUAUUAUCAACAGUUUGAGCUGUAUUUUUAGUUGUUUAUGAUUAUAUUGGGCAUAUUGAUGUACAGUUGAACAGUUUACAUACACUUAAAAAUCAUUUUUCAACCACUCCACAA